AUGAUGAUCCUUUCAUUGCAGACAAAAGUUCGAAGCCAUGCGCGUGUCUUAAAAGCGGCAGUUCGUCAUCGCUACAACAUCAAAGAUACUCAACCACCAAUACAGAAGAUCAGUGAUGAAAUGCGACGAUCACAGGAAGAGACACGUCAUGUAUUACUACUCAUUCGUACUUUUAAACAGUAUGGACAUUAUGUUGCCCAGAUAGAUCCUCUUCAAAAACGAGAAAAGCUACCAGAGCUAGAGCGAUGGAUUAAUGGAGACCGAUGGAUUGAGACGCCUUUUUUUGAUGAGUUUAAUCUGCGGAAUCUUGCAUCAAAGAACCUUUUGGAGCUUACAACUCAUGUGAAUGACUUGAAUCGAGAGUUUUUUAUUGGUCAGGAUCUAUCUAUUGGUCCAGUUGCAACACUUCAAGAGAUUGUGACAGAGCUAAGGGAGCUCUUUUGCGGCCACAUUGGGCUAGAGUAUCAGCACUUGCGCAAUCGAGAUGCUGCACUUUGGAUCCGUGAGCGACUUGAAAUGUACAAAGCAAAACAAUUUUGCAAGGAUGAGAAGGUAGAGAUGCUGCGUCAAAUGGUACAUGCAGAACUUUUUGAGCGCUUUCUUGGACGGCGCUUUUCUGGAGCAAAGCGAUUUUCGAUUGAAGGUGGCGAGAGCGUGAUUUCUGGUCUUUGUGAGCUGCUUCAGACUGCUAGUGACCUUGAGGUGGAGGUCGUUCAGAUGGGAAUGGCUCACCGCGGCCGUCUGAAUGUUUUGGCUAAUGUGUUGCAGCGACCACUUCGAUCUAUUAUUUCUCAAUUUCAGCCAUAUUUGCCAGAUGAGCCCGACUACCCGAACAAUUCGGAUGACGUUCGGUACCAUCUUGGCACAUCGUCAGUUAUUGAAAUGCGUAACGGCAAGCAUCUGAAAAUCAACCUGGCGGCGAAUCCAUCGCACUUAGAAGCGGUAAAUCCAGUUGUUCUCGGACAAACUCGGGCCUGCCAAAUGCAACUGGGGGAUAACGGAAGUCGGGUAAUGCCCAUAUUGAUCCACGGAGACGCUUCAAUGUUUCAGGGAUCUGUACGAGAAGCAUUGGGUUUCAGCUCACUGGAAGACUUUCGAACGGGAGGAACGAUUCAUGUGAUUAUUAACAAUCAAAUUGGUUUUACGACACUGCCUAAGAAUGCAGAUUCUGCCGUGUAUUGCACCGAUGUUGCUAAGGUAUCUCGAAGUCCGAUCUUUCACGUAAAUGCUGAUGACCCGGAGGCGGUGGCCAAGGUGAUGAAAAUUGCAGUCGAAUUUCGCCAAACGUUUCACUGUGAUGUGACUGUUGAUUUGGUUUGCUACCGUCGUCACGGUCACAACGAACAAGAUUCACCGGAGGUCACAGCUCCAGUUAUGUAUGAUCUCAUAAAGAAACAUCCUACAGUCAUCAAGCUUUACUCUCAAAAGCUUAUUAGCGAAGGUGUUUUGUCAGUAAGCGACUACGCGAAAAUGUGCUCCACGUAUGAGGAUCAGCUUGCCUCCGAGUAUAAACACUCACGUGAAAAUUAUUCGGGAUGGGACAAUUCCGGUGAUACGUCGUGGAAAACCGAGUGGUAUAGCGACAGGAAGGGUCUUUGUCACGCCGAUACUUUGAGCAGUAAUCCAAGUGCCAUUGAUAUCAAUGGGAACCAAAUCUACGAUAGAUCAACAGGUGUCGACAAGAAGUUUUUAGAAAAGGUAGGAAGCCAACUAUUCCGGAUUCCGCAGGGAUUUUCAGCACAUUGGAAGGUUGAAGCUAUCAUGAACAAUCGGCUGCGCGCUGUUGAGACUGGUGCUCGAUUGGAUUGGGCAACGGCAGAAAUGCUGGCCUUUGGUUGCCUAAUCGUGGAAGGUGUUGAUGUACGACUUAGCGGACAAGACUGCGAACGUGGCACCUUUAACCAACGCCACGCUGUUUUAUACGACCAAGUUGAGGCGCUGUUCGGGCGCAAUGUGUCGUACACGCCUUUGAACGACCUCGACAUAGAGGUUAUGAGAUGUACACUUCAAAUGGCCGGGUUAGAAAACGCACCGCGGGGACGCUUUGAUGUAGUCAACAGCCCGCUUAGCGAAGAGGGAGUACUUGGCUUUGAAUACGGAUAUUCCUUGCAAACUCCUAUGGGUUUGACCAUUUGGGAAGCUCAAUUUGGUGACUUUGCAAAUGGUGCCCAAACAAUGAUUGAUACCUUCAUCACGACAGGUGAACAGAAGUGGCAACGGCAGUCGGGCAUUGUGCUGAAUUUACCGCAUGGCUUCGAGGGCCAAGGGCCAGAGCACAGUAGUGCACGGAUCGAACGCUUCCUUCUUCUAGUUAAUGAGGACAGUGACGAAUUCACACCUGAGCAGGGUGUCGAUGCUGCAAUAACGCGGACAAACAUUCAGGUGGUUAUUCCAUCCACUCCUGCUCAGUAUUUUCACGCUCUUCGUCGUCAAGUAUCUUCCAGCUAUCGCAAGCCGUUGAUUAUGUUCACACCGAAGUCACUGCUUCACCAUCGCCCGUGCAACUCUGACUUAGCGGACUUGACUCUGGGGACGUCAUUUCAACGUGUGCUCCUACCGCACCCGGAUGAUCAAGGGACAAUAGUGAAUGAUGAUGAGAUUCGCAAAUUGGUUCUCUGCUGUGGCAAAGUUUACUUUCCUGUGCGCCAUAGCCUGCGCAGCCAUGGAAUUCGUGACAUCUCUACGACUCGGCUGGAGCAGCUAGCUCCGUUUCCAUUCCAUGAAGUGGCCGACUGCAUCGCACGUUAUCCCAAGGCGGAGAUCGUGUGGGUCCAGGAAGAGCCGAAAAAUAUGGGCGCGUACAGCCAUGUGCUUCCGCGUUUACGGACCGUGCUCAAACAUUUGGGCGACUCCCGCGCAAUUUCUUACAUCGGACGUCCUCCGUCUGCCUCACCUGCAACAGGCCAGUACGAAGUCCACGUUCAUGAGAUGAAAACAAUUAUCGAUGAAGUAUCGCGUAAGAAUGCUUAG